AGAAAAUCGCAGUAUUCGUGAAUACACGACUCGCUAAGAGAAAUCCCUCUGACCCCACACAUCAUCAUACCUCCCGUCUUCCCCCUUAGUUGCUUACGUCCCCUCAUCAACAGCCCCCAACCCCUGUGCUACGCUCUGUCUCCCCACAUUGAUUUAACCUAUAUAAGUUUCAACAAAAAAUCCCGCGGAAUGUAUUGUGCCUCAGUGAACCCUCAUAACCGUGCUUUCGAAUGUGAAAUACGCGUCAUAAUAGCUGCAUCAGAUCAGGAUCAUGUAGUGCUAUGUUAGUGUUUUGGUUCUACGGAAUGGUGGAGGAGCUCCCAGCCACGCCGCUCGACUUUCCCUAGAUCUCCGACAGCGCCCCUCGCAUCGGCAACACCGCGGAGCGUCGCGAUGCCAGCGGCGUCUCGGCGGCACUCACGGCCUGCCUCAUCGCCGUCAGUCGAGCGUCAACGUUCAUUGGUUGUAGUGCGACGUCGCAGGAACACCACAGCUGCGCUAACAGACACGUACCAACGCACGUGCGGCGUUGGACAUCGUAGAGUCAGCUGCCAGCAGCUUCAUUUGAGGUUAGGAACGACGUGUAGUGUGUAGUUGACGCUUAACAGGUGGUCGUCGUGAAUUUCGAAUAAAUUGUGUCAAAAGUUGAACAGUCCGUGAAUCUGACGCGGUAUAUGUACGGACCUUUGGUUCUUGAUACGGGGGCAGAUGUGCUCCAGCAGACAUUGUCGACCAGAUUUUGAACUAAACUUAUUUAAAACGGUGUCAACAUCAUGUCUGGGGGGCACGGCGGGACAAGCAGACCAAGGGAUGAGGAGGAAGAGAGCGACAGCCCAGCACCACCAGACGGUGGCUGGGGUUGGAUGGUGGUCUUUGGCUCGUUUAUGAUACACGUUAUUACCGAUGGGGUGACGUAUUCCUUCGGAAUAUUCUAUGACGAGUUUCUGGAUUACUUCAAAGAAGGAAAAGGACCAACGUCAUGGAUUCUGUCAAUACUUGUAGGAGUAACAUUAUGUUCAGGUCCAGUGUCUAGCUACUUUGUAAACAGAUGGGGAUGUAGAGCAGUUACUAUAGCUGGUUCCAUUUUGGCAUCAGCGUGUCUCGUAAUGUCAUAUUGGGCGCAAAAUGUCAUAACGUUAUGUUUAACAAUAGGCAUAGGAGCUGGUAUGGGUUUUGGACUGAUAUAUCUACCGGCAAUCGUCAGUGUAACCAUGUAUUUUGAGAAAAAACGGUCCUUAGCAACUGGCAUCGCUGUAUGUGGAUCUGGCUUCGGAACAUUUAUCUUUGCCCCAAUCAUUUCCAGGCUGUUGACAGAGUAUGGAUGGAGAGGAAGUAUCCUAAUAAUAGCUGGUGUGGUACUAGAAUGUAUCUUGUUUGGAGCUUUAUUCAAGCCACUUGAAAACGACAAGAAAGAAGAUUCAGAGAAAGAAACAAAACUCAAACCCACAGAAGCUAAGAUUGACAUUCACGUUUCGGAUCAUGAUCUUCAGUUUAAACCAAUGAAUGGUACAAUGAACGGCAACCACCAGCCCCUAUCCAUCAACAGCCCCGGUAAUGGUUCGAUGCACCGGCCUCACAGCAUGGGUCACUUCUCGCUCCCCAGGGGUGUCCAACGUCCCCAGGACUCUAACAUGCAAGUGGGGAGCGAACAGGGCUCCCAGCAAGGCAAACAGCCUGGCGACGCUGCCAGGUUGGCCCUAAGUCAACCUAUGUUGACUGCAGAUCAUCACUAUGCUCACCAUCAUCAUAGGCAUCACAAUUGGGGCAGUCAGAGCUGGCGGAAACAUGGGGGGCCGAUCGAUAGAGUGGAUGUGUUCUAUCAAGGGAGUCUUAUGAAUAUUCCUGCUUACAGGUCCAGACAAAAUUUGGGUAAAUCGGAAGAUGAUCCAUUCAUGCAGCGCCGGCACUCAACUUAUAGCUACAAGAGACGUCAUCAUCACGACUCGGAAAGCGGAGAAUCCAGAAAAGUCUGCGGACUUAUUCCCUGCUCAGAUGAAAUCCAAGAAAUGUUGGAUUUCAGUUUAUUCAAGGACCUAGUAUUCAUCCUAUUCUCCAUGAGUAACCUGUUGACCAGCAUAGGUUUCAACAUUCCCUACGUAUACAUGGUGCCGAAGGCGAAAGAACUUGGCAUGACAGUUGAAAGGGCAGGCGUCCUUAUAUCUGUCAUGGGCGGUGCAAAUACGAUAGGCCGAAUAAUAUUGGGCUACCUCUCAGACAAACCCUGGAUCAACAGGCUUUACGUAUAUAAUGCUAGUCUUACUCUAUGCGGAAUUGCAAUCUUCAUGAGUGCCUUCUGUAGCAGUUUUUACGCGUUAGCAAUAGCAUCUGCAGUAUUUGGCUUCUUCAUUGGCGCCUAUGUCGGACUUACGUCUGUCAUCCUCGUCGAUCUCCUCGGCUUAGAUCGACUAACGAAUGCCUUCGGACUACUCUUGCUCUUCCAGGGCGUUGCAUCACUGAUAGGUCCUCCCAUCGCAGGCAGUCUAUACGAUUGGACCCUAUCCUACAACCCAGGCUUCUGCCUAGCAGGUAUAACAAUCAGUCUCAGUGGCCUGAUUUUGUUCUUCAUUCCAAAUGUCCAACGAUGGCAGGAAAGGCGACUGCAACUGGCAGAUGUGGGCGCUACGGACAUAUAGCGGUUGCUUUUGCCCAUAACGGGCGAUCAGGACGGUAUCAAAUACUACAACACUCUGUAGUAUAUUUAACAUAUACGAAGACAUGAAGAUUCUUGUUUCCUAGAAUCGAGCCUCAGCUAAUUCUGGUGUUGUUUUAUUUAAGAUGCAAACGAGACUGUGUAAACCAUGCCCAAAGUUUGGUGCGUUGGAAGUGUCUAAGGCCCGUAUCGUCAGUCGUCGCUACAAUCGUAGGGCGCCUUUAUGGCCUCCUUGAUUGUCAUAGCUUUCUACUUCUCCCUGUCAACGCUCUGUUUUGAGGUUAUCUCACAAAUAUCUAUUUGCAUCAAAUUGUGCUUGCUUUUGAGUUAUAUCAUGUUUUAUCAGCCUGAAAUUUCCUACAAUUUAAAAAGAAAACAUAUCUUCACAAUAGGAGAGCGCUGACGCUGACACGGGACAAAUGUAAUCUAGAAAUUUUCGAAGGAGGGAAACGAGUAUGACAAUCUAGGAGGCCAUAAACGCGCCCUACAAUUGUAGGGACGACUGACGAUACGGGCCUAAGACAAUUUUGGACCGCAACUCAGACCAAAAAACUAAUCUGAAAAAUAUAUGCAAUUGAAAUUUCAAUAUAACGUUGAAUAAAAUUUAGUCACAGAAGACAAUUUCUCAAGGGUUGAAAUUUAGGCGAAAGUGCAACCAUUAGAAUCCGUAUGAACAUUUAAAAUUUUAUUUAGGCGAACCAUACAGUAAGCAAAUUUCGAAAUUUGAAAUACAGAAUAAUUAUAUUUUUGAGUUUAUGUGAUUUUGGUCAGCAGUUCUGCGAAGAGUCAUACUUUCGAUAAGUGAUCCAAUGCUCUUUCUUCAUUUAUCGCACUCUAUUAAGAUAAUGUGGAACGAAAUAAAUCAUUUAUUAACGUCAGUACUUUCUUUGCUGGUUGACUUCAAGAAAUGUUUGAUAUUAGUCUUUUACUUUACGAGUGACUAAACGUCGACAGUGAAUGUAAUAUGCUGGACAGUACAUCCUUACUAAUAAUAUCGUAAGAUAAUUAUAAGGUUUGACCAUUAUACAAGUGACAAAGUGACUUAUGAGCAGGGCUAGUACCCUGAAAUAAUCUCUGUAAUAUUUUUUUAUUAAUUUCUGAGCCAUACUAUAGUUCCAUUUUAAGGUGUUCGGUUGUUGUUCGUCCAAAAACGCCCACCAUUGAAACGUAACAUAAAAUUCAAAAGUUAGUUUAAGUUAUCCUAAUAGCUGAUACUGUAGUCUUAAUAGGAAUUCAAAAGUUAAAGCUUCACUUUUUAUUAAAUAAUUUCUUCCUUGUGUAUAUUAAAAGAACAUAUAUCUAUAGACUUUGUAAAUACACGAUAUUUCAUAUGAUAAAUGUACAAAAAAUCAUAUUACUCCUUCGCAAUAUCAGAAUGACGCAAAAUAUGAUCAUACACAGUCAAGCAGCAUAAGGCAUUAUCAAUAUUACUCCAUUCAACAAUAAACGGCACAACUGUGAUAAACCGAGAGUAGCUUACGCUGAGAAAAACCAUUGCACUGACUUAAUUUUAGAAAUCUACUAAACAAAGUCAUUCUCCUUAGAUAGGACAAUAAACAAUGUAUCGAACUGAAAUAUAACAUUUAGAUGGUCGUGAGUAAAACUUUUGAAAGAUAGCUUGAAAAGUACAAUGUAUAACAGAAAGGCUAUUGAUCUUAGAGGUUAUGGAGCUUUGGUGAAUGAAAAUUUUGAGCUUCACAUCUCAAGAUGAUAGCGUUCUUUCUUUUGAACAAAGUACGUUUCUUUUAUCCGGUGUAGGUGGAUAAACGUGAUGUGGUUCGAGGGUCAGCAUAUAUUUUGGUAAUCUACUUACAUGUUCUCUCAUAUAUACGUCGUCUUCAGUGUAAAAGAGUUUAUAACCCAAUCAAAUCACCCACCAAGGUUCUUGAACCAAUAUGAGACAUCGAUAUCAGAGUUCAAAUCAUUUGCCUUUCAAACAAUGACGCAGCUCUUUCAACUUUAAAAAAUGCAUGCCUUCAACAACUGUAAACAGAUUGGGAUAUAACCUGUGUAAUACUCAUUCCAUUUUAGCUCGAAAUCCAAUAUCGUAUUUUUAUUCUCAAAAAAACAACUUCUUGAUUAGGUAGAUUACAAAAACAUAUUCUCAUAUUAUAAGAUGUCAAUCGGGAUCGCCACUAAACUUUUACGUCAAUACUGGUGGGAUUCUAUAUCCUCAACUUCUUAGAGAACGAAAGUGUGUGAUAGGAUAAACCUACACUCUGAUCGCCCGAAUAGCAUCGCUUUAGGGAAUGAUCUCUAUUUUACAUAUCAGUCUUAUAACCGUUGUACAUAACUUGCCAUAUAAUAAUGUAAAUUAACGUAUACAUAUUUUAAAAAACGUGUGCUAUAUUUAUACUUUCUCUAUUUAAGUCGGGUAUUCUAAGACUUCGUUAGGAUAUGAACUGAUACGAUGUAUUCAUAUUGUACGCAAAGAUAUAUUGCGAUUUUCGAGAUGUAUAUUUUACUUUACAUACUAUACAGGGUUAGCGAAAAAUUUCUUUCUGUAAAUAUUUCCGUGAAAUAUAUGUUAAAUAAUUA